AAUAGUGCCAAAGUCUAGUUGUUGCAAUAUUAUUGGAACGGAGGAAGUAUUAAAUUGGAAGGGGUUUCCAAAAAAGGAAGUGUAGCUUUUAAAAAAACCGGAUAAAACUAGUAAGUGUAGCUUUUAAAAACAACAGAGGGAGUAUGUAGCUAAUAAAUUAAAAAUAAGUUUUUUUUUUUUUUGGAAAUAAUUAAAAAUAAGAUAUGUUUGGGCAAAAAAAGAAAAAAAAAGAAAAGGGGAAGUAAAAUGAUACGGAGUAAACUGAUAGUCUGAUACCAAGAAUAACAAGAGUUGAAAAGAAGUGAUAAUCUUCAUUUACCACUCAUUUAUAGCUUUUACCAACAAACAACAUUUCAUUUCUGGUUUCACUUUCACCCCUUGUUCUAGUACCCUUUCCCCAGCCGCCGCACUUAUUUUUUUCCAUUUCUUUAAAAUGAUAAAAAAAAAUUAACCACAAUCAAUAAUCUACUGUUAAUUUGAUCUCAUAAAUAUGGAUGAUUUGUUUACAAAUGGCCGGCAAUUAACCGGCGCCGGUUUCUCCGAAGAACUGUCCCCUUUUCCCGACCCUGAACCUCAACCUCAACCUCAAUUCUUCUACCCUCAUUCAACGACUCCUGUUCCCCAGAAACUCCGUCCUAUCAGAUCCAACGACUCCUCCUUCCUCAGAAACAACGCCUGUAAUUCGUCCGACUUAGGGUUCCUCCCUUUUCAGCCCCAUUUCCCUACCUUGCAGGAUGACACGUCAGCUUCUGCUCAUCAAUUGUUCAAGAUGAAAUCUGACAUGGAUGCUCACCUUCUUUCUAACUUCAAGUCUCAAAUUUCAAACCUCGACUUUUCCUCUUUCAGUUCUUGUUCAGAUUGUAGUGAUGAUUCUGCGCAAAAGGGAGAGGAGGAGCGAACCUCAAAUGGGAAACCUAAAAAGAAGAGGAAGAAGAUGGAGUCAUUUUUACAAGGAUUGAUGUCUCAAGUUAUUAACAAGCAAGAACAGAUGCACCAGCAGUUGAUGAACAUGAUUGAAAACAAGGAGAAAGAGCGGAUUCUUCGAGAGGAAGCGUGGCGCCAACAGGAGUUGGACCGUGCUAAUAGAGAUCACCAGAUUAGAGCUCAGGAGGCUGCUCGUAAUGUUGCUCUUAUUUACUUCAUUCGCAACGCUCUUGGGGUUUCCGAAUUACAGGUUCCCGACCUCUUAUCGUUGCCCCAGGUUUUUUCUGGGGAGGAUAAUGUUGCUGAUGCUCAGAGCUUGGGCCAAGGUGAACAGGAUAGGUUUGAUCCUAAUUAUAAGAGGUGGCCGACGUCUGAGGUGCAAGCGCUCAUCACUCUACGAGCUGCUCUCGAUCACAAGUUUCAUACUAUAGGCGCUAAAGCGCCUGUGUGGGAUGAAGUGGCGGCUGGAAUGGCUAAAAUGGGAUACACUCGGAGUGCAAGGAAAUGCAAGGAGAAGUGGGAGAAUGUUAACAAGUAUUAUAAGAAGGCAACUGACAAUGGAAAGAAAUAUUCUGAGAAUGCGAAAUCGUGCCCAUACUUCCAUGAGCUUGAAACCCUCUACAAAAAUCGACUUAUUACUGCUGCUAAAUCAAACUCUCCUAGCAAUGAAGAUUCGGAACAGAAUGCAAAUGUAUAACAACUUAUAUUAGUACUGGACUUGAAUUCUAUUAUGGCUUGUCCAAUUAUCUGAGCUACGAAAAGAAAGCAGUUCCUGCUGGAAGUGGGAGUGGAACUUCUUCUUUUGUUCUGUAGUCGUAAAAGUUCCAAUUUGUUGAUUCUUUCAGCAACUACUAGCUGCAAUAUUUAAAAUUAACAGAGAAGGAAACAAGGAUAUUCAGUAAAGCCAUCAUUUUGGCUUUAUGCUCGUUGAUGAUCAUCGGAAAGACCCAGACUAACACAGUCCAUCCGCACUGCCUAACAGUCUCAAUCUUGUUUCCUCCGGCGGGCAAUGUUAUUUGCUUCUUUCGCAUGUUAUUAUUGGUAUGUCUUUGAUCUUUUUCUUGGAUGUAACCAGCAAGUCGUGCCUGGGAGGAAAUCGGAUAUAACAAUAAAAAAAUUGCAAUUUUUCCCAGCAUGUUGCUGGCUAGUCCUGUAGACCAUUUUCUGUAUUCAUCUGGUUCAUUUUUCUGCGAACUAGAUUGAUGCAUUCAGCAGCUAAGUAGUCCGGUAAGCACUGUAAAGCUUAUUUAAGCAUAAAUGAAGUAACAAUUAGCUCA